GGAUGAGUCUCAAAAACAAGAAUAGGACUUCAAUUUUUCGAAAUUUUCAGCAGAGGUUAUCCCAAAGUUUGGGUUAGUUGUUGCGAAAAUGGUUCUUGUUCUGGUGCUCGGGGAUCUGCAUAUCCCACACAGGCAGCAUGGACUGCCUCCUAAGUUCAAGAAGCUGCUGAUGCCAGGAAAGAUCCAGCAUAUCCUGUGCACAGGUAAUUUGUGCACCAAAGAGUCAUACGACUAUUUGAAAGGUCUGGCCAGUGAUGUUCAUGUGGCGAAAGGUGAUUUCGAUGAGAACACAUCGUACCCCGAGCAGAAGACCGUCACCGUGGGCCAGUUCAAGAUUGGCUUGUGCCAUGGACACCAGAUUGUUCCUUGGGGAGACAUGGAGAGUCUGGCCCUGCUGCAGCGUCAGCUGGACGUUGAUGUUCUGAUCACUGGUCACACGCACAAAUUCGAGGCAUUCGAGCACGAGGGAAAGUUCUAUAUCAACCCCGGCUCAGCCACGGGAGCGUUCCACCCGCUGGAGAGCGAAGUCACUCCAUCGUUCGUGCUGAUGGACAUCCAGUCAGCUAUGGUGGUCACGUACGUAUACCAAUUGGUAGGAGAUGACGUCAAAGUUGAGAGAAUAGAAUUCAAAAAAUCCCCAUGAUCGUGAUUAUUAUGUGUGUAUGUGUGAGAUCUUUUUGUAUUUUUUUUCAUAACACCCGCCCUUCUUUUGCUUUUCCAAUGGACGUUGCUGUACAAAUUUUAUCCCCACUUUCCUUGCUUGGACAAGAAAUCAGUUGGUGCAUUUUUUUCUCGUUUCCGUAAAUUUAUGGCUUGUGUCGCUGGUUGACCAUUGAAUUUCUGAAAAUAUGUAAAAUAAUCUACCUUGUGCACGCCUUUGUGCAUUCUAGAACAGCUCUUCCCCAAGUGCUUGUUGUGAAUCAAGUGAAAAGUUGAAAGUUUUCCUACAUUGCA